AUGGCUGAAAUUAUAGGUGGUGGUCCACCUAUUAAUAUAAUAGAUUCUCCCAUUGAGUCUGAGAUCUACGAAAUAAUUGGAGCUCAGAUGUCAGGAUUUUCUUUAAAAUUUGAUACUGAUGCAAUAGAUACUUUGAAUGAAAAAAUAACUUUAGUAGUUGAAGAUGAUGCCAGUGAAAUAGAAACUGUAGAAAAUAAAGAAGAAAAAGAAGAAGAAGAAACGGACUAUACUUCAGACACUGCUCAUCAGGAAUCUUCAAGUUCCAUAGGUGAUUGGACAAAGUUGUCUAUCAACACACUAAGAACCCCAGUAUCCAAACAGCUUGAUAUCAAAGAUAGCAGUGGUACAAGAAAAAGAGACAAUUUUUUGAAGACCAAAUUAGGCAACUGGGCGAAGGCGAAGCAAGAUUCUGUUUCUGUUCAGCAGCAGGUCCUGCUUAAACAACAUAGGCAGAAGUUAGCCCAUAAUGAAGACAAACACAGACAGGAAAUGGAGCAUAAUAAAGAAACGCACAAACAAGCAAUGCUCUUUGCAAAUGAAGAGCACGAAGUAAAAAUGAGCAUUUUAAAAUUAGAAAAAGAAAAGUUACAAAAUUAA